CUUCUCUUCCCUAAACACGUUAUUUAGUGGUCACUUCGAUUUUUUAGGUUAAGUUUGUGUAAUUUAUUCGUUGGUAAAGGAUUUAAACAGAAUUAAACUGUUUAAUUCUCAUAAAUCAGUUUAUAAUGGCCGAUACUGCAAAGGUACAGCAGUACAAGGAGGAUGUCAAGAAACAGGCCGAGACUUUAGUGCUGAAGGGCUUCCCGGAGACGAUCGUUAAGCUGAACACCAUUUUGGAGACGCCGCAGUUCAAGAACAGGGACUUCCUCGACGUGCACCAGGAACUCAACAUUCCCGUACCGGAUCCGAUCAUCCUCAACAGCCACACCGACCUGCCGGCCGCCAAGAAGCCCAAGCUCGACCAGGACGGCACCAAAGUGAUGAUUUUGCCCACGGGGGCCGUGCCCGUCAAUCGAAACCUGGCCGAUUUGAUCGAGAACGUCAAGCCCCACAUUAGGAAGUUAGUGGAAGAUUCCAAUUUGAUUAAAAUGUGGAUUUCGUUUAUGAUUCCGAAGAUCGAAGACGGCAACAAUUUCGGGGUGUCCAUUCAAGAAGAUACGCUAGCUGAAGUGCAAUCGGUCGAGUCCGAAGCCGCCGCCUUCUUUGAUCAAAUUUCUCGAUACUACAUAUCUAGAGGUAAAUUAAUAUCGAAAGUAGCGAAAUAUCCACACAUAGACGACUACCGAAGAUCGGUACAGGAAUUGGACGAGAAGGAAUACCUGAGCCUGUGGCUUGUUAUGUCAGAAAUAAGGAACAGAUAUUGCGCUCUGCACGACAUCGUGCUCAAAAAUCUCGAUAAAAUCAAAAAGCCUCGACCAUCGAACGCCACGGAAUCGUUGUAUUAGUUCGAAACGGAUUGUGCACGACGGAUCAAUUAUUCUCUUACGGUUACUUAUUUUCGACAUAACAAUUUAAGAUUAAAAAAAGAAACAUUGCGAUACAUUGCUUUAAUCGGAUUAAUAUAAUUAAUAAAAAGAUGAGGAGUACUUUUAUGUGGAUUUUAUGUUAGAAAUUUAGCUUUAGUAAGACGAUACUUUGAUCCUCUUUGUACAUGAGUUGUUUCGGUUAAAUUUAUUAUUAUUAGGUUCAAUGCAAGUUCUACAAAAAUAAAUAUUUUCUUAAUCGUUUGACUAUAUUAGUGUGUACCGACUUUUUUUUCUAGAAUAAUUUUAUUAUAACUUUGUCAAUAAAAUUCUGGGAAAGUUCA